AUGGAAGAACAUAUAGAAUCAAAGACCAAUCCAGUUUGUUUUACGGGCGUUUGUGAUUAUCAACUGUCAAAAUAUGAUGUGGCAUGUUUACCAUUUGAUGAGAAUAUGAUUACACAUUUAUCGGCUCUUGUUACUAUAGAACGACGUGCUCAAUGUCCUAAAUGUCUUUUCUAUGGUGAAUUCAAAACCAUGUCAAGAUUUCAAAAGCAUGUGGCAUCAUGCGAUCCAGAUGAUAUGGUUCCAUGUGAAUCUUGCCACUGUCUAUAUAGAUUUCAUCAAUUGGAUGAACAUUACCGAUAUUGUCAUAAUAUUCCAGUACACCAAAGACAAGAAGCAUUUAUAGAUUUUAUUAUAUCGAAAUCGAAAUAUCCAUUUACACCAGUACAAGUUCGUUAUUACAUUGAACUUCAAAAGCAAAAGCGACGGAUGAUUGAUCCACAUGAAAUUGUCGACGGCUUGGCUGCAUUCGAACGUGGCAAUUACUGGAAAAUUCGAGCACAGCAAGAUGCUAGCUGUCGUGCUCAAUUGGAUGAUUAUGAAAAACAACAAGGGGCGAAUGCUAAGCGAAACGAAGAAUUGCGUCGUCGUUACGAAGAAUUGAAAGCGGAUGAGGAGUUAAAAGCUAAGACUUGUCGUCUUUGUCCACAUUGUAAACGAGUCGUGCAACACAUGGGAGGAUGCAGUAGUAUGAUAUGUGGACAAAAUUACCAUGGAGGUGAUCAGCAAUCAGGAUGUGGCAAAAAUUUUGACUGGGACCAGGCUCUACCUUACAUACCAAUCGUAAAUACGGUUCAAGAACAAAUGAAAAGUGCCCUAGAAAAUCAACAAAGAGUCGUACAUACAGGGAUCAGGUGCAAGAAUUGCCACAAAGAAAUUGAGGGCAUUCGCUUUGAUUGUAUUCAUUGUCAUUCAUUGAAUUAUUGUGAGAUAUGUGAACAACGGUGCACUCUGGCUCAUUCGGAAGAACUUCGACGACAGAAAAAACAACAACAUGUAUUUCGACUGGUAACGACACCAGAAGCUUCACAUAAAUGA